GAGGAGCAGCGGCGGCGCGGUGCUCCUGGCGGGCGGCCGGAGCUGGAGAUGCCGGCCCGGACUAGGGCCCCGCCGAGCUGCUCCGGGCUGGAUCUCCGCACCGCGCUGCUGCCCGCCAGCCCGCCCAGGGGGCACCGGCCCGCGCCCGGCCUCCCGCCAGCCCCGCGCCUCAGCCCGCGCCCCAAAUCUUUGUAGGUUUGGUGUCUUGGAAGUAUGGAAUCAAUCUCUAUGGUGGGGACUCCCAAGAACCUCAAUGAAACUUUUCUACCAAAUGUUGCCAAUGGCAUCAAGGAUGCCAAUAAGGUCACAAUAGGCAUCAUUGGAAGUGGAGACUUUGCUAAGUCAUUGACAAUUAGACUUAUCCGAUGUGGGUACCACGUGGUCAUAGGAAGUAGAAAUCCUAAACAUGCUGCUGACUUCUUUCCCCAUGUGGUUGAUGUCACUCACCAUGAAGAUGCAGUAGCUAAAACAAACAUCAUUUUUGUAGCCAUACACAGAGAACAUUACACCUCUUUGUGGGACCUCAAACAUUUACUUGCUGGUAAAAUUCUGAUUGAUGUCAGCAAUAAUACAAGAGUAGACCAAUAUCCAGACUCCAAUGCAGAGUAUUUGGCAUCACUUUUUCCCGAUUCCCUAAUUGUCAAAGGAUUCAACGUCAUUUCAGCAUGGUCACUGCAGUUAGGACCAAAGGAUGCCAGCAGACAGGUCUAUAUAUGCAGUAACAAUGUUCAGGCUCGCCAUCAAGUUAUUGAGCUUGCCCGUCAGCUCAGUUUCAUUCCUAUUGAUUUGGGGGCAUUGUCAUCUUCAAGGGAGAUUGAAAACCUGCCUCUGCGACUGUUCACCCUGUGGAAGGGGCCUGUAGUGAUUGCCAUUAGCCUGGCAACAUUUUUCUUCAUCUAUUCCUUUGUCAGAGAUGUCAUCCAUCCAUACAUGAGAAAUCAGCAGAGUGACUUUUACAAGAUUCCCAUUGAGAUUGUGAACAAGACUCUUCCAAUUGUUGCUAUCACUUUGCUUUCUCUAGUGUAUUUAUCAGGACUUAUUGCAGCUGCUUAUCAGCUUUACUAUGGGACUAAGUAUCGGCGAUUUCCUCCUUGGCUGGACAAUUGGCUCCAGUGUCGAAAGCAGCUUGGACUGCUCAGUUUUUUCUUUGCAGCUGUGCAUGUGGUGUACAGCCUCUGCUUGCCCAUGAGGAGAUCAGAGCGCUACUUGUUCCUCAACAUGGCAUAUCAACAGGUUCAUGCAAAUGUUGAAAAUUCUUGGAAUGAGGAAGAAGUGUGGCGAAUUGAAAUGUAUAUCUCCUUUGGAAUAAUGAGUCUUGGAUUGCUUUCUUUGCUGGCAGUAACUUCCAUCCCUUCAGUAAACAGUGCCUUAAACUGGAGGGAGUUCAGUUUUAUUCAGUCUACACUUGGAUACAUUGCUCUGCUUAUAAGUACUUUCCAUGUCCUGAUUUACGGAUGGAAGAGAGCUUUUGAAGAAGAGUAUUACAGAUUUUAUACACCACCAAAUUUUGUUCUUGCCCUUGUUCUGCCUUCCAUUGUAAUUCUAGGAUACCCAGUUGAGAUCGGUGGAUCUGGAUCACGUCAUCAAACUACUCAAAAGUUCGGACUCAAUUUGGAAAAAGAGCAGCUGAAAACUCUCAAGAAGGUAGUCAAGCAUUUUGAAAAUGGACUUCCCCUUAAGAAUGUAGCACAAAUUACCAAAAUUCUUAACCUGUGUGCAGAAAAAAUGAAUGAACAAGAAGCUUUCACUGAGCCUUUAUGUGAACUUAUUCAAUUAUUUGGGUUACCAUUUCAAAAAAAGAAAUCAUCUGAUGAAAUAAACUAUUCCGUUGAAGUUUCACAAUCCAUUGCACACCUGGGUUACUUGAUGAGAGUGUCAAGCUCUCAAGUUAAAAUACAAAUCUGUAAGUGUAUUGUUAGCUUUUAUAAUAUGGAGCUACCACGAAAACUACUUUCAGGUUACCAGCCAACAAGUGCAAGCUAUAAAAUCCAGAUGGCUGAAGUAGGAGGAUUAGCAGAAACUCUUGUUUUGUCACUAGCAUUAGUUGAAAAUCAACUUAUUGAGAAAUUGUGGGUACUCAAAGCUCUCCAGCAUCUUUCCAUCUCUGGAAGAAAUUGUGGACUAAUGGUGAAGGCCCAAGCAGCCAGCAGGCUCUGUUUGUAUCUAAAUGGUGCUGAUCCCUCAGGACAGCUGGUGUUCCGUUCCUCAGAUAUCCUAUGGAACCUGCUAGAAAACACCUCAAAAGAAGAAGUUGUUAAUCAGCUCAGUACCUUGGAAUGUGUACAUGCUUUGAAAGAAGUAUUUGUAGACCUUCUCAUGCAUGGCUUCCGGCGCUGCGAUUAUCAGCUACGGAAUGACCUCUUGGUGAUUGCCACAUUAGUAGCUGAAAACCCUGCAGUGCCCAUGGUUGAAAGUGGAUUUGCAGAGCUGUUAAUAGUACUUGCAACAUUUACUGAAGUUAGACUUCCCAAUCCCUUGGUAAAAGGUUUUAAACUUACCUACUCUUAUGAGGACUUUGAGAUGAAGAAGUUACUAUUUAAUGUAAUAGCAAUCUUAUCUAAAGACCCAUCUGCUGCACAGCUCCUCAGUGAAAAUCAUGUGAUGCCAGCUUUACUUUAUUAUGUAAAACCAAAUCAAAGGCCUGGAUUUCAUGAGUGGUCUGCUGCUCAAUAUGAAGAAUUACAGCUUCAUGCAAUUGCUGUUUUAGCUUCGGUGGCUCCUGUGUUAGUAGAUAAAUAUUUGUCCUGCCAAGCGAAUACUCUUCUCCUUGUGUUCCUAGAAUGGUGUAUAGGCCAAGAUCCUUUCUUUGGUCAAGGUAACAGUUUCCAUGGAACAGGUGGUUGUGGCAACAAACUUGCACAAAUGCGCUAUGGCCUCCGAGUGCUGAGAUUUGUUGUGUCCCUUUAUGAUGAUGCUGUGAACAUUAAUUUGUGUGACCAGGGAGCAAUUAGCCAGCUACUGGACAUCUUAAAGUAUGCAGCAAACAAAUCUGAAGAGAAGGAAAGUACUCUUCUACUGGAAAUCCAAGCUGAUACCUUAUUUAUUUUGUCUGUUCUCUGUGAUAAUGAUCUCCACAGAAAGGAACUCUUCAGCUGUGAAGGAAUUGCUAUACUUAUCCCAUUCUUUAAGAUGGAUCCAAAGAAGUUAUAUAGUGGAUUAGGCCACAAUUGUCUCCUCCUCAGUGCACUCGACUGCUUGUGGUCCUGUGUCAUUGGAUGUUACACUGGAGAGGACUAUUUUAUUGAAAAACAGGGCAUUUUUCUCCUUCUGGAUUUGUUGGCAUUAAAGGAAAAGAACCUGUGCAAUAUAAUUCUUGGAAUCCUGGUUGAAUUUUGUGACAACCCUAAAACCACUUUGCAUAUGAGUAUCUGGCGAGGGAAGAGAGAUCAAACAGCUGCUAACCUUCUAAUACAGUUAUGGAGACAGGAGGAGUUGGAUUUGGGAGUCAAACGUGAUCGAUAUGGGAUGAUUGUUGACAUUAAGAAACCUAUUGCUACCAGCUUCCAGAGACAGCAAAAGGUCAUUCCUGUGCCUGCCAACUGUCCCACCUUUGCCAUCAUGGACAUUUCAGAGAGCAUACGGGCAAAAAUUUAUUCAUUAUUUUGCAAGCUAGGUUUUGAAAAUUUACCUGGCUUAUCUACUAAGGAUUUUGUUACACUUGCUAUAAUACAACGUUAUAUUGACUUUAAAGUUGGAGAGGUUUGGAGUGAAAUAUGUGCAGAAAUAAAAGAAGAAUUCAGGCCUGUUACGUCAGAUGAGAGAACCUUGAAAGCUAUUUCAAAGGUGUCAGAAGGUAUUGGAAGAACAGUUGUUGCUCUGCAGAUUGAAGUGCUUAAGAUUCAACAGGAACAGAAAAUCCAAGAGGAGGAAAAAACAUAUAAAGAAAUCCAAGCUACCCAUCCACAGAGAGAAUUGAUAAAUAAAUCUUGGGAAAAUGUCAUGACUCAGACAUCAAACUAUGAGGCAUUGAAGAAAGCAAAAAGGCUUCAGAAAAUAUCAAUAGAGGCUUCCGGAUCUAAAGCAAAUGUUCAAAAUGGACCAGUCCAUUCUACUGAUAUUAAAAAACUCCGUACAACAUACAGCAACUUCAUAGACGAUUUGCGGGUCUAUGUGAGAGGAGGAACUGGUGGAAUGGGUUAUCCUAACCUUGGAGGGGAAGGAGGAAGAGGUGGUGAUGUCUGGUUCGUCGCCCGAGAAAGGACUACCUUAAAGAGCAUUAGGGAGAAAUAUCCCCAGAAGCGAUUUGUAGCUGGAACAGGAGCCAACAGCAGUGUUAAAGCUCUAAAAGGUGAAAAAGGAAAAGAUUGUGAAGUUCAUGUGCCUUUGGGAAUUUCAGUUCUUGAUGAUGAUGGCAAGCAGCUUGGAGAGCUUAAUGCAGCAGGAGAAAGAUUCUUAGCAGCUCGUGGAGGACUUGGAGGCUCUUUGGCUACAAACUUUCUGCCUUGCAAAGGUCAGAGGCGAACUGUUCAUCUUGAUUUGAAACUUAUAGCAGAUGUUGGCUUAGUUGGGUUUCCAAAUGCGGGAAAGUCAUCCUUGUUAAGCAAGAUUUCUCAUGCCAAACCCGAGAUUGCAAAUUAUGCUUUCACAACAAUACAGCCUGAACUAGGAAAGAUCAUGUAUGCGGAUUAUAAGCAGAUUUCAGUAGCUGAUCUCCCAGGACUGAUUGAAGGUGCACAUGCAAACAAAGGGAUGGGCCACAAAUUUCUCAAACAUGUAGAAAGAACCAAACAGCUUCUCUUAGUUGUUGAUAUUUCUGGGUUUCAGCUGUCUAUCAAGACUCAGUUCAGAACAGCCUUUGAAACGAUACUGCUUCUAACAAAGGAACUGGAGCUGUACAAAGAGGAACUUGUAACAAAGCCUGCACUUCUUGCCAUUAAUAAAAUGGAUUUGCCUUGUGCAAAGGACAACUUGGAUGAACUUAUGACACAACUAGAGAAUCCUCAGGACUUCUUACACUUAGUAGAGGAAGAAAUGAUUCCGGCAAAUACUCUUGAAUUCAGAGAGGUAAUUCCUAUAUCUACAUAUACUGGAGAAGGAAUUGAGGAACUCAAAACAUGUAUAAGAAAAUCCAUAGAUGAGCAAGCAGAGCGGGUGAAUGAAGAAUAUCGGAAAAAGAAACUCCUACUUUUACAAACUUCCAAAGAAGAACAAAUGAAUAGAAGCUAGCACUCCUGGAUGCAUCCAACACAUUUUAGUAUUUUUACUAUGCACAUGAAGCCUUUGUUGUGCAGACCUUCCAUUUAAUUGUUCCCUCUUCCAUCAUUGCCUGCUUCCCUCCAUUUGUUAAGUUACUUGGGUAGGGCACAGUGAGGAAAGGGCAAGUUUUUUUAUUUAUGUUGGCUGAAGCUUAACAGAGUAAAGACCAAAGUGUGAGCAACUCAAAGCACUGCUUAACAACUGAUGGUCCCUGGAGUAUUUUUUGCCAAGUGAGAGGAAUGGAGGGAAUAUAACUUGCACAAAGGAGCAAGUUCAAGGACUCUACAUCUGCCAUGGGUAUCAGAAGAACCAAGGGGCCUUUCUGAUGGAAGAAUUUUCCAGGGUCUGGGGCUUCUAAGGUGAACCAGUUCCGCUAUUGUGAAGGCAUUGGAUUGUAGGGUUUUUGUUAGUUUUAAGGAUAUAAAGGAAAACGCAUAUAAAUGGCUGCAAGGGAGUGAUUUGUAGGAGCACAAAAAGCAAGACUGAUUUGUAAUGUUCGAGGGUUUUUUGACACCUGCUGGUGCCUACUGUAGUCAUCUUAGUUGUAUAAAUCCUGAUUCCAAAUUCUCAUGUUUAAUUUGUGAUUCCCUCCUUUUAUGGAGUUGUUGAGUUUGUGUUACAUUUUGGUGAAGAAAAUGACUGCUUCUCAACAGAGCUACACAUCUCUGGGAAUAUUUAGUGUUCUAGAUUUUGUAUUAAAAGAAGGCACACUUACAUUUUACUUCAAAAAAAAAUUAGAAGUCCUUUAUUACCAGGUAUUUUUCUACUUUAAAGCUAUUAAAUUGAUUGUAAAGCAAAA